UCAAGAUGGCAAGAAAGGUUGCAAAACCCUGCAGUUUACAAGUGAGACUGUCGUCCAAAAGAUCGUUCGGUGCUUGGAUUUCGUUUUAAUUCAUUUUAAGUCCUGGGAUAACUUUAAUGAAUAAAUAGGUUUGAAAGUGUUUAUUAAUCUGGCCAUUUAAAUAAUGUUCACUAGUAACUGAGCUGAAGAAGAGUCUUGAACGCGACUUCACAGUUACUAUUUACAUUACGAUGGUGACCGUAGUGGAGCUACUGAGUCUGCUGCUGGUGUCAGUACUGUGGGGCUGCACUAACCCUUUCCUGAAGAGAGGCACAACGGGAAUAGAAAAUGUGACAAAGACCAACAGAGUCUCACAGCUAUUGGCUGAGGUCAAGUUUCUUUUCCUAAACCUCAAGUACCUGGUGCCAUUUCUUCUGAACCAGAGUGGCUCUUUGGUCUAUUAUUAUACACUUUCCACCACAGAGUUAUCGCUUGCUGUUCCUGUGGCCAACUCUCUCACCUUUCUUUGCACUCUGCUCACUGGCAAGUUACUGGGUGAAGAGUUUGGAGGCAAACGGGAUGUAGCGGGAAUGUUCCUUACCAUGGCUGGCAUCACUCUCUGUGGUAUAAGCUCCAUUGAUGACAAAGACACUGGGACACAGAAUAUGACUCAGGUGGUACACUAACGGAGAUCAGGAUUAAAGCAAAUUCUCCUGUGCCUUCAAGUGAUUCCUUAGCAGGGCAGGAAAGAAGACCAAAGCAGAGUUGGAGCAGGACUAGAGGGGGCAAUUAAGAUUCAGACAGCAACUCCUUAGAGCAACGGUUCUGGUGGGAGAAUUGUGCCUAAAUGAACUCAGCGUGAGCUUCAAAAGACCUGUCCAGAAACUCUUACACCAAGUUGAAGGGGAAGUGGGUUCAUGCAGGGUUCACCUCAAGGCUAGACUAGAUUUAUGGCGCUUGCAUAGAAGUUGGUGGUUGUUAACUUUUACUUUUAAGCACUCUGCUGCCCAGCCAUGUGACUGGCAUCUGCAUAAAUGCUAUAGAGACCACAUACAAACGGGCUGGGGUUUGAAAUGGACCAAUUAGAUCCAACCUCCUGGUUUUACAGUGGCAUUUUACUGCAGCUGCCUUCUGUCCGCUGUGGUGUGUGUUUGGGGAAAAGCAGGACACAGGAGAGGACAAAUUGCUGUUAGUUUGAGCAUACAGCUGUUUUUCAUUUACUUAUAUUAUACUUCUUCUCCUCCUCCUUCUUCCCCUGCUGCCUUGUAUACAUGAUGUAUUACUGAGGUAGAUAUACCACUGUUAUUUUCUAAAGUUCUUUGUGAGUGAAGAGUAACAAGGACUUAGUUGUUAACAUUCAGUGACCUUGUUGCAUGCACUGUAAACAUGUCUGAACAAGUUGUACAGAUUUCAGUAAUGAAGAAGAACAGUAAUGUACAUAGUAAUAUAUAUUUUUAUUGUCACAUUAUUUAACUGACACCAAACACUGUACAGAUGACUUUGUUAUCGUUGCAUCUAUUCAGCUUGUGAUGUCUGAUAUUUUAUUAUUAAAUUGUUGGCAAAACACAA